CCGACGCCAAAUCAGAGUCGGUAAUCUCAGAUUUCACUGUAGUUGACUAUAUAAAGCAGAGUCUCUUCAAACGAAGAAGCGGAAGGUCGUUUUUGUCUGCGGCUUUACUGCGUCGUUCGAGCUAGGGUUCCUCCUCCGAUCUGCGGAAGUCAAAUCCACCAUGUCCACCCACUCAAAAUCCAGCGUUUACAUAGGUAAUUUGGACGAGCGAGUGAGUGAUAGAGUUUUGUAUGAUAUUCUCAUUCAGGCAGGGAGGGUGGUAGACCUGCACAUUCCGCGAGACAAAGAAACCGAUAAGCCUAAAGGUUUUGCUUUCGCAGAAUAUGAAUCUGAGGAGAUUGCUGACUAUGCUGUUAGGCUCUUCACUGGUCUUGUCACUCUCUACAACCGGACACUCAAGUUUGCGAUCUCUGGGCAAGACAAGCCCUCGCAUAAUACUACUUCUAUGGUGACAUCCACACACAAUUUUCCUCACAAACUGAGGUCCACCCCUGUACCAAUUAACAGUAUGGAAAACUCUCCGAAUUCCGUGGGUAUAUUGACACCCAGAAUUUCAGACUAUCCCCCAGAGCCCACUCCCCCUGGUGUAAAUAACCAAUCUAAUGGGUAUGGAUUACAUUUCAAUGGCAACAAUUACGAUUAUAGUCGAAGAGUUAUUGGGGCAACACUGGAUACCAUUAGUCGCACUAGGUCACGCCGCUAUGAUAUGAGCAACCCAAUCUCCUAUCCUUCUUACUAGAAUUUAAUACGAAGAUGAAUAGGUAUCUGACCUUUUCCAUGGGUAAUACUUCUGGUAAAUUAUCCACUUCAGUCUACUUCGCGUUGGGGUAUUUAAUGGGUAAAUGGAAGUAAGCUAGUUUGUUUUGUCAAUGCUCACUAUGCUAAUUCAUAGGUGUACUCAGGUAUGUAUAUUUGUUGUGCUUCAUAUGUUUAGACUUGAGAAGUGGUAGUUCUGUUUGCUGUAGUUGUAGUUUCAUUAUUUAAUAGUACGAUGCUUAUCUUCAGAACACUGACACUGAACUUUGGGAUUCGAUGAUUUGUUAAAAAAACCCCUUCAAAACAUCUUUACAUUAAUAUCUUCUUAAUGUUAGAUUUUAUUUCAUGUUAUUUU